AGAGAAGAUCACUCAGUAAUCAAGAGAGAGGAAGAGAGACAGAGAGAGAGAGAGAGAGAGAGAGAGGUGAGUGCUGUAGCAACUUCCUGCUGUUGCAUGAGGCGUGGAGUUGCAGUUACUUUCUCUCUGUCUGAAACUCUCACAGACUGUUACACAGAGAGCAGUGGGAGCUGACUCAAGCUAAGCAGCAUGCAGGCUAUCAAAUGUGUUGUUGUGGGAGACGGAGCUGUGGGGAAAACAUGUCUUCUCAUCAGCUACACAACCAACGCUUUCCCUGGAGAAUAUAUCCCUACUGUCUUUGAUAACUACUCAGCCAAUGUGAUGGUGGACAGUAAGCCAGUCAACCUGGGUCUCUGGGAUACAGCAGGACAGGAGGACUAUGACAGACUGAGACCACUGUCCUACCCACAGACGGACGUGUUCCUCAUCUGUUUCUCUCUGGUGAGCCCAGCCUCCUAUGAGAACGUCAGAGCCAAGUGGUACCCGGAGGUGCGUCACCACUGCCCGUCAACCCCUAUCAUCCUAGUGGGUACUAAGCUGGAUCUGAGGGACGAGAAGGAGACCAUCGAGAAGCUCAAAGAGAAGAAACUGGCCCCCAUCACCUACCCACAAGGCCUAGCGCUGGCCAAGGACAUUGACUCUGUGAAGUACCUGGAGUGUUCUGCUCUGACCCAGCGUGGCCUGAAGACAGUGUUUGACGAGGCUAUCAGGGCAGUACUCUGCCCACAGCCAACCAAGGUCGGGAAGAAGAAAUGUCUACUGCUCUAACAGAUGCAGCUAAGAGUGAAAACGGACAGCGAACAAACCAGGGAGCAAGAUGUUCAGUUAAAGAGGUCUUAUAGUUUUACUGUGCUAGAAGAAAAAACAUUGCCUUAUGAAAGCCUACAUGGUUAAAUAAAUAUAAAAUACUAUAAUUAAGUGAUGUUAAUUAUAUUACAAUGGUCUCUAAUGUGUGCUUGUUUGGUACGGGUAUGUAAUGUAUGAUAUAGGUGUUUUUAUUCAUAAUAGGUGCACAAUAUUCAUAAUCUGAAUAAUAUACUGUAAUAUUUUCCCCUCGACUGUGAAGGUGGUAUCUGACCUUGAUGUAAGUGCGUACCAAAUGGCACCCUAUUCCCUAUGUGCACUUUUGACCAGAGCCCUAGUACACUACAUAGGGAAUUGGGUGUUAAUUGGGACACAGAAGAAAUUGUGUUGGUAUACAAUUAAACUCAAUUUGCAUGGCAGUCCAUGAUCAUUAUCGUUAUUAUGAGUUGUAGUUUGAUGAAGCCAUCUGUCCAAUGUGUCUUGAUCUGUUUCCAACCUCUAUAUAAAGGACUGCUUAUCUGUAAUAUCAA